AGAAGUAACUGCCAUAGUGUAUUGUCCUGUUAGAAAUGUACCUUUGAGACUGUAGUGUUAUAUGCUCUUACUAUGAUGGAACAUGUAAAGAAAGUUGGUGCGGGCAUUAACCAAAGGAAAUUCAUGCUUUUGGUUGUCAUCUUAACUUUGCUGCCUGGUACGAUGCAGAUACGACCGAAACAAUUAAGCAAGUGUUAUGCUAAAAGCAAGAACCCGAUAGAAUGCAACCCUGAGUUUGAAAAUAUUGCCCUCAAGAAAAGAGUCGAAGUUUCAGAGACGUGUGGUCUUGAAGGAAGGGAGCCUUUCUGUCGGUUGGUGGAAGAAGAGAACACGGUGUCACGUGUGUGUGACGUAUGUGAGGCCACCGGACGGCGAUCCCACCCUGCUAGUUACUUGACUGAUAUCAACAAUAAACAUAACUUGACAUAUUGGCAAUCGAAGACCUUUCAAAGUGGGGAAGAUCAGAAUAGAGAAGUCGAGUUGACGAUAUCUUUUGAAAAAGAAUAUGAGAUAUCUUAUAUUUACAUGCAGUUCUAUUCACCCAGGCCCGCCGCUAUGAUCAUUUAUAAGUCAAUGAACCACGGUAGAACGUGGGUACCAUACCAAUACUAUGCUGAAAACUGCCUGAGAAGGUUUCAUAAGCCUUAUAAAAGAGAAGCGAAUGAGACAAAUGAACAAGAGGUUCUGUGUUCAGAAGAUUUCAACAGUUUGUAUCCGUUCAGUCUCGGUGCUCUGGUGUUUAACCCGAAAGAUGGGCGGCCUUCUGAGGAUGAUUUCGAACAUAGUUUUAUUCUACAAAAUUGGGUCACAGCUACGGAUAUAAAGAUUGUAUUGGCUGGGUUGCAUGACAUACCACGGAACCCGACGACUCUUUCAAGGAUUUCAAGAGAAAGUCGGUCUGCUAUUGAAGCAAGGCAGGGCAGAAGGCGCCUAACUCCAAUUCCUAGGGGGGGAGUUACUCGCGGGGGGAGGGCAGUUGCUACCCGGGCAAGCAAGACUGAGUUACGGCAUACAGGUGUUCGCGUGUCUGGUGGGACAGAUAUUUUAGUCAGCAACCCUGGCGCUACUUCCACUCCGUAUAGUUUUGGUUCUAGCUCUUAUUAUGCGAUCAAUGAUAUCAGUAUUGGAGGUGUUUGCAAGUGCAAUGGUCACGCUGAUAGAUGUAUAAAGAAGAAGGGGAAGAUGGUUUGUGAUUGUAAACACAAGACAACGGGACCGAACUGCGAGACAUGCAAAGCUUUUCAUAAGGACCGACCGCCUAAGCGAGCUACGAAAACAAACGCGAACGAGUGCAUUGCUUGUAAUUGCAAUAUGCACGCCAAGAGAUGCCGAUUCAGCGCCGACUUAUUUGAAAAGUCGGGUGGUACAAGCGGGGGAGUUUGUGUUAAGUGUAGACACAACACACAUGGCCGAUAUUGCCAUAAAUGUAAGCCUGGAUUUUACAGGAACAACAAAACCAAGUCGAUGUCGAACAGGAGAGCUUGUAGGCCGUGUAACUGCAAUCCGGUGGGCUCGCUGGGGAGGCAUUGCGACCAGGUUACCGGUCAAUGUAUAUGCAAGCAACACGUUACGAGAAGGAGGUGCAACUAUUGUGUAAAAGGCUACAAGCAGACUGAUUCCCCCGACGCACCCUGCGCCAGAAUUCCUGUUGUAACUGGCGCUACCACAGCUAAACCAGCUUGCCCACGAACAUGUAGCAGCUCAAAAGCUGUAAGAAUACCUCCAGCUAAAUAUUGUAAGAUGGAAUACGCUGUGAUGGUAAGAGUAACCGGGAAGAUCAGGAUAGGAAGAAGGACCAGCAUCACUUACCAAGUACUCAGGGUGUUUAAGAGGGGAGGCAUGAGGUUGAAGAAGAAGGAGAUGAUUGACAUCCAGGUCAGGGAUCGAGUCCUACAGUGUCUAUGUCCCAGGUUGCGAGUGAACCGAACAUAUUUGUUGCUUGGUAAAUACGCGAGGUCAGAUGGAAAUCUAAGAAUGACGAUUGAUAAAAACUCUGUCAUUAUCAGCUGGUUAAACAAAUAUAAGAAAAUGUUACGAAGGGUGGCGAAGCGAGCACGAAAACGAAGUAAAUGUUGAACCUUAGCCACCCCGGCUUUGUGUAAGAAGUGGCGCCCAAGAUUCGGUUCCGAAAAAAUCCGAUUUCGACCGAAGUUUGCCGAUGUGAGAUUAAGGUUAAAAUGGUCGUGAGGCGUUUUAACGAACUUUAUUGUUCUUUGUCAAUACGCAUUAUGACGACAGAGACGAUGACGUAAGCUGGUCGAUCAUUCAAGUGCUUUUAUAUUCAUUGUCCCGUUUUACUUUUAUAUUUAUUUUGUUUUUGACACUGUAACGCCAUGUUAUCUAAUGUAAAACUGGGCACGUAAAUACGUAACAAUACAGGGGUAUUUAUAUAUCACAUGACGUAUCCGCUAUUGAGAAAUUCUACACAAUAAAUUUACCUUUAUCCCCAAAGCAAAUUUCAAUUAUAAGCACCUUCAAUUGGCGAUAAAUUUAACUUCAAAACAUCAUACAAAGUAAUUAGACGCAUGACCAUAUAUACAAAGACAAAGUUUUCAAAGUGGAUACGUUUUAUGAUAUACAUCUCACCAAAUUUCAAGUAUUACGUCAUAAAUUAAUGUUGUUUCUAUGUCCGAUUCUAUUUCGAACCCGAACGCUGCAUAUUUGGGUCCUUGCUCGCUUGUUUUUCAACUUUUCGCCUUUUCAUCGCGAAUUAGAUAUUUCUUCAAGUAAAAGAUCAUCGU